AUGGCUCAUAAUAAGAAGUUGAAAACAUCAAAGAUCACUUCUUUUUUCAAGCACAAUGAGAAAGAAGAACAUGAUGACGAACAGCCGUCUACAUCAAAAUCGGAUGAUGUCGGAGAUAGGCCUGUUCUUCCUGAAGUUCAACCAGAAGAAAGUGCCGUUGAGGGUGAUGGAGCAUCUGAGGCGAAAGAUGAUGAUGAAGCUGAUGCCGUUUUUGACGACUGGGAAUGCAUUGCAAUUGGCGCAGAUCUUGACGGCAUUGCUGCUGAUAUAGAGGUCGCCACGCCCGCACUCGCAGGAAUGGUCAUUGCAAUUGGCGCAGACCUUGACGGCAUUACUGGCAGGGUAGAGGUUGCCACGCCCGUACUGACAGGAAUGGUCAUUGCAAUUGGCGCAGGCCUUGCUAGCGAGGUAGAGGUUGCCACGCCCGCGCUAGCAGGAAUGGUCAUUGCAAUUGGCGCAGGCCUUGCUGGCGAGGUAGAGGUUGCCACGCCCGCACUAGCAGGAAUGGUCAUUGCAAUUGGCGCAGAUUGUGAAUGCGCAAUUGGAAUCUCAGAACUGCACUGCCGUGUGCAUGCGAGCGAGUGUCGUAACUCACUGCAAAUCUUGGUCUGUGGAUCUAUCGUUGCAAUUUGCAAGACUGGAAACUACGAAAGCUCAUCUGGUAUUUCUUCAGGUAAAGUAGGAGUGAAUGGAGUAAACCUGUAUUAUGAACAAGCAGGGAACGGUCCUGAAACAGUCCUUUUAAUGCCUGGUGCUCUCGGAUCAACCCAGACAGAUUUCAAACCUCAGCUUGAGAAACUGAAUCGGGAUCUACUCACAGCGAUAGCCUUUGAUCCAAGAGGAUAUGGGAAGUCCCAACCACCAGAAAGGGACUUCCCCUUGGAUUUCUUCCACAGAGAUGCCAAAGAUGCCAGGGACCUGAUGCAGGCCUUAGGACACAAGAAAUAUUCUUUGAUGGGUUGGAGCGAUGGUGGUAUUACAGCUCUGAUACUUGCUGGAACGUACCCUGAUGAGGUCAAGAAACUCCUCCUCUGGGGAGCUAACUCGUACAUUACUGAAAGUGAUAUAAAGCUGUAUGAAGCUACACGCGAUGUGAGCAACUGGAGUGAAAGAAUGCGAGCCCCAAUGGAGGCAGUUUAUGGAAAAGAGAAUUUUGAAAGAAUUUGGCAUGGUUGGUGUGAUGCCGUUGCCAACAUUUACUCUACAAAUAAUGGAGACCUCUGCAAAACGGAAACAAAGAAUAUUCAGUGUCCGACCUUGAUCAUCCAUGGUGACCUUGAUGCUAUGGUAGUCCCUGAACAUCCAGAAUAUCUUCAUAAUACAAUUAAAGGAUCAAAAUUGAUAAGAUGGCCAAAGGCAAAGCACAACCUUCACCUCAGAUAUGCAGAUGAGUUCAACAAAGAGGCAGAACAAUUCCUGACUGAAACACAGUCUAACCUAUAGUACACAUCAGAAUAUUAUACUUCUCAAUCUGGGUUCAUUUAUAAAUAUAUAUAUUUUAUAUGUAGUGUUGAGUCAUAUUUACUGUUUAAAACCAUAUUUCCAAGCCAUAACAGAUUUAGAGAGCUGAGUAUCAAAAUUCAUUUUAUCUUUCAGUGGUAAAAGCUUACCACAAAUGCAGGUACUUUUGUUAGUUCGCAGCACAUUACUAGUCUUUCGCAUCAGACAUAUUGCGGAUGUUUCAUAUAACGGCAUCAGACUCGUAAAAGCAAAAACAAAAUCUGUAGAGUCAGCCUAGAUUAUAGGCUAGCAUUGUUUAGGCUUUUACCAUGCAUUUAAGCUCUUGUGCACAUAUGCAGCUGUGUGAGCUACGCACAUAGCGCAAAUUUCCAGGGUUUUGGUAGGGUCCAAUUAAGCAAUAAUCAGGUAAUAAUAUCAAUCAAAUUUAGUAAAGUGAGCUGCACUAAUUGUUUUUUGCCAUUCACCUACUACCGAACUCUUAGUUGGUUUUUAGUUGCUUUGUUGCAAUGCUCAAUCAAAAUCAAGGAUUUUUUUUACUACAGUAAAUUUAUGCAGUGAGGGCCAGAAGAGAUUUCAAAUGUAUAAGAUUUACAAAGCAAAUAUUUUGCAAUUAUGCUAGAUAUAUAUACCAAAAAAUAAUUACCACCCUAUGGAGUGGAAUUUCCAUAUAUUGAGAUUUGUAAAUAUAAAUUGCCUCCUGUUUGUAUGACUAUACGUAUCAUGACAAUAUAUGAAGCAUGAAAGUAUAUGAAGAGCAGGGACCAGCAAUAGUAUUGUUAUGUUACUGUAUUUUAAUAUUUCUACCAACCAUUGGAUUGCCUUUUCUAAGUACCUAUCUGGCUAUGAAGGACAAACUUAACUCAUGAUUCUGUUAUAAUUCUGAAAUAAGUGCCUAUAUAAUGUUCUUCACAGGGAUAUCAACUCUCUUAACAUCAUUAUAAGCCUUUACACUCCAUCAAAGCUAUACAAGAUGCAUUGCAGUAAAAUUGUAAUUAAAUGCAAUUCCAAAUGUCAUGUGCAAAGUGUUUUUAAGCAACAAGAAAUAUCACUUAAGUUUAUUAAUACCAUUGCCCUAUGGCAUUACCAUGGUAAAGCAGCUUUGAAGACAUUUAAAAAAACGAAUCUUGCAUGUCUUUACCCUAAGGUGAGCACUAGCUAAAACUGGGGAAGUAGUUUGAGACACAAGUUUUCCUGAAUUUUUAACUAUGAUAUGUGGUUACCAUGGCAACAUAAUUUCUGACAAAUGCAAAAAAUGUGACUUGUACAUUUUUACCUCAAGGCCAAUGUGAGAAUUAGUUGAAAACUGAUGAAGUAGUUCCAAUCACAAGAUUUUUACCUAAUUUUUGCUAUAUAACAUAUUGUUACCAUGGCAACAUGAUUUCUGACACAAAAAAAAUAUGUGUCUUGCAUAUCUUUAACCCUAAUUUCAUGAAAAUUUGUUUAAAAUUUAAGUAGUUUGAUGCGCAAGAUUUGCAACAGACCGCCCAACCUGCUCAAUUGUAUGUUGAUUCAUAAUCCUAUGAUUUGGCAGGGGUAUUAUUAGAAAUGGAAUAUUGUGACUUGUGUUUGAUUUUUGUCAGUUCAUUUUGCAAUAUGGUCUUACAAACUACAAAGAGUUACGAUUGGUCCCAUCUAUGGACGGCCAGUAUUUUCGCUGCGCGAAAUUUUUUUGAUCGCGCCGCUCUCUGACUUUUUACUUCCAAGUCUUGCAAAUCUAUUUAGACCACAUUUGCGACUGUUCGGAAAUCAUGCAACAUUUUGUAAGUGCAUGUCAGACAAAAAAAUUCUCAAAAACGUGAUUUUGUGUACAAAGUCAAUGCAAAUUUUUUUUUUUUCAAUCAGAAAUCUCAAAAUAGGCGAUACUUUUUCCAAAUUGGAGGUAUUGCUGACUUUUGUAGGCCAUUUGUUUAAGUUUGAAGGCUACUUUUAGUGCGAAAAACAAUUACCGGUAUACUGUAUGUAAAAGACUUUCUCAAUAUCUUGAUGUACAUGUAGGUAGGAAAUUGAUUUUAAAACUUCUUGGAUAUUUUUUGUGGCAAAUCUUGGGUCAACUUUAGAAAAGAUGGUCACCCCAAAGCAUUCAAUUUGGGAAUUCAGGAUGUCAUGAGGGUGAAAUUCACCAUCACCCUCAUUUAUUUCCUAUCUUGCUGUUUUAAAUACCUUUUUUUUUUUAAGUUGACCAAAUUUGUGUGAUCUAAAAGAUUUGACUUUUGCAAAGUUACCUGUAUUUGUUAUUACGGUUAAUGAGUUGUAUGAAUAAUGGUCAUUUGUGAGUUCAGCAUUAAUUCAAUAAAGUGAAAUGAAAUUUCAA